UCAUUGAAUGUACAUUGAUUACAUUGAUCAGUAGGAGUUUAAGAAAUAUCCAAUAUCUAUCAGUUUAUGUUUGUUCGUAACAUAAGCAUUUCAAAGUUACGAACAGGAGGCUCCAUUAAACUAUUGUUUUAGUAUUCUACAUUGUGUAGAUGGGCUGAAAAUCGAAUUUACCAUGUGGGCUGAAAACCAGAAAUGAAUGAAUUCAUGAAAACACAGGUGGUGGAAUGAAAGGAGGCGUCGAUCAAGAAGUUCAAGUGGAUCUAGACCCAGAAUUCCUGGACCGAAAUGAAGAAAAGAAAAAAGAAAGUAAUGAAAGCCAAAAGAAGGAUGAUGAGAGUAAAAAUGAUUCUGAAAAAAUUGAAAAAGAUGAAUUGAUUUCAAGCUUUAAAAAUUCAAAAUAUUUCAGUUCAAUUCAAAGUUCGUCAGUUUCGAACAAGGUUUCUAUAUGGGUUUCACAAGUAGACUGUUCAGCACCUCAGCAAAACCUUGUUAUUCUUGCCAGGGAUGGAUUACGUCUACGUCUAAACCCAGACAGAGAUUGUGGUAAAGAUGCUGCUAAAGAUGCUUCUAGAGAUGGGAGAGAUAAAAGGGUCACGGAUAUACGAGAUGGUGGGGGAAGGGAAAAAACCGAGGGGAGAGGGGGAGAUGGUGAGAAGAAGAUGGGAAAAUGGAGAAAGGAGAUUGAAAACUGGGAUAUGAAUGAUACAUUGGAAAGAAUGGAUAAUGAUAAGAUAAAUGACGACCAAGGAAGAAAUUCAAGAAAAGAAAGAAAGAAAAAUUGCGAAAAUGCUCGGAACAGAAGAAAGUUGAAUGGAAGUGUAAACAAGAAAGAAGAAUUAGAAAGAAAAGAGAUAGAUGAGUCUGAUAGUGAUCAUGAUGAGCAGGAAAAUGAAAAUGACGAAGAAACUGAGAAGAACGAUAUUCUAUAUGAAGAAAUUCCUGAAGAAGAGACAGGUGGGAAGAUGAUUGUUGGUGUUAACNCCCCGGCCCCACCAGCAGUGUUAUUUUCAACCAAACAUUAA